AUGCCGACGAGCUGGCUGCCCUUCCCCCUCACCGGCUGGCUUGAGCUCCACGCCUGGGCCUGCAUCAGCAACUUCAGACCAAGGCCUACUCCUGCAGCAGCAGCAGCAGCAGCAGCAGCAGAGGCAGCAGAAGCAGCAGCAGCAGGAGACAGUGAAGCAGCAGCAACUGCAGCUGCUGCUGCUGCUGCCAGCGACGAAGAGAUUGCGUUUCAAGCCAGCAGCAGCAACUUGCUGUUGUGGCUGAUUGAGGCACUCAAACUGCGCAGCAGCAGCUACGGAGCGAACUGGCUGCUGCUGCUGCCUGGUUCGUGCAGCAGGUGCUGCUGCAGCGGCAGCUGUAGCAGAAGCAGCAGCAGCAGCAGCAGCAACUGUGGCAGCAGCAGCCGCACCGCAGACAGCAGCAGCUGCAUUUCUUCUCCAGACGACGCUUCGGGGGACACAAAAGAAGAUGAGCAGCAGCAGACAGCGUGGCAGCAACAAGCCUAUCAGCAGCAGCUGCAGCAGCAAUACGCAGCGUUGGGAUUCGACUGCUCCCAGCUGUACAGCUGCUACAACGGGGCGAUGCAGCAGCAGCAGCAGCAGCAGCAGCAGCAGAUGCUGAUGAUGUCUGCAGCAUAUGGGCAGCAGCACUGCAUAGACAGCACAAGCAGCCUGGGGGGCUGGAGCAGCAACAGUGCUGCAGCAUCAACAGCAGCAUCCGCGGCCUCAUGCCUCUCUGGCAGCGCCUUAUGA